AUGGUAUUUGGAAUUGCGCUUGGAGGGUCGCCAUUCAUUCAAUGGCAGGACCCCCAAGGCUUCCAGGGCCUGAAACACUUGCCAUCUGUGAUAGUCCUGGGUAACAACAGGGGCUACAUUCACUACCAGGGCCAGCCCAAGCUCUGCCGCAACAGGAAUGACAGAAAAGGAGCAGGGGACAUAAACAUUUUAUGCACUGACCUUUUAUCCCUCAACAGAACGCUGGACUUGACUGACUGGUAUGGACGACGAGCCUCUGGGUCGAAGCUUAAUAGAAGCAAGACCCAAGCUCUUUUUUAUGGACCAUGGACAGCAACUGAAAUGACAGGACUCCCCCUGACUGUGACCCAGACUUAUCAAAAGAUACUUGGGAUUAAAUUUGAUGGGGAAGGGGGAGGGAAAACAAAUUGGCCAGACGUGGUAGGGAAAGUCAGGCAGAGACUAGGCUACUGGACACUUAGAGGACUGACAUUAGAAGGAAAGGUUUUAAUCAUCAAAUCAGUGAUUUUACCUUUGCUUUUACUUAUCAGUUCUGUUUUUAUCCCACCUAGGAAAGUGCUUUUAGAGCUAGAACGAGCCAUUUUUUAUUUCCUGUGGGGGUCCAAGUGGGAACGGCUCAGAAGAAGCGAAAUGAAAAAAACAAAAGAGAAGGGAGGAAAAGGAGUGCCGGACCUGCACCUUUUUUUUGGCAGCAAACACAUCGCACAACAUCUUAAGGUCGCAACAGCCCCAUCCAGAAACCCAAAGACUGUAGCAAUGACACGUUUCUGGAUGGGGUCUUACCUCAGAAAAAUCAAGCUUUUACCCGUAGACCUUAGAACACCUGUGUCUUUUAACCUGCCACCAGCUUAUGCUUUUAUUGAGACAUUUUUACGGCAUUUCAAACUUGAGAAGGAGGAUCUAAAUGUUUUAACUGACCACCGCUCUUUGAUUUCUGUUGUGCAGGAGCGGGAACCAGUGAGCCCAGUGCGUGGGCUUGCAUUCGGCGAGCCCUCGACAGUUUGGCGCAACGUGAACCAUUCCGCUCUUCCAAACAGACUCCGGGACCUGUCUUGGAUGGUGGCUCACGAGAUCCUCCCAGUCAGAGCCGUAAUGCAUUCCCGGGGCAUGUCGGCACACUCUACCUGCCCCCGACCAGGUUGUGGCGCCCCUGAGUCGGUGAGGCACCUGCUCUGGGAGUGCAGCGCUGCCGUAGACCAGUGGGCAAUGGCCGGCUCCUUAAAUUUCCCGUACUUGCCAGCAAGGGAGGUCCUGACAGCGCAGCUGGUGCUGUAUGGGGUGAGCCAGAAUAAAAAAAGACCAGCACAUGACUUUGGAAAACAGUGGAGAAAGAUCGCCUCUGUGCCCAUUCGGCGGAAGGGGCCGGAGCCACACUGCGAAGGUCGAGGCAGCGGCGGCCUGACUCUCCGGGAGAGGCAG